CGGACAUAUCCUCUGUCGAGAGGAACUCUUCUUUUAGGAUAAAACUACAAUCUGGGUGUUGAAGAAACAACAUUAAACAUCGUUAAACAACAGCUAGCCAGCGCUGCGGCUACCUAACGUUAGCUUAGCAUAGCUUAGCUUAGCUCAAUUAGCAUCCAGAUAACUUCCCUCACAUGAACACGUGGUAAAACUUUGAAGAGGUCUUGUCAGCGGUCUUCUCAAAAUGGAUGUCAGCAUUGCCGUGACGCUGAUCCGAGGCCAGAUGGGUGCCGUGGUGGAGCGAGCGGUGAACGGGGCAGUGGAGACGGUGCUGGCCGAGAUGCUCAAAGUGGUCGGAGUCAAAUUUGAGGAGCUGAAAUCCCAAGUGGCGCUGAUGAAGAGGGACAUUGCGUCGCUGCAAAGGGAAAAGGCCCACAAAGAGAAGGAGAACGACAACAUCCGAGCCAAGCUGCGCUACACCGAGCUGAAGCUGAAGUACUACAGGCAGGGAGUGGAGGAGGAGCUGCAGCAGAGAGCCUCGGCCUCCGCCUCCGCUCUGGUCCGCAUCCACCCGUCCACCUUUCUUCAAGCACAGAGAGAUGGUGCAGGUGUUUCCUCCACCGAGGCCUCCCCAUCAUGCUUGACUCAGACCAGGACUUCUGAGGGGCCUCUGACAGGAAGCAAUCAAGAAUGCACCACUACACACAGCACGAGCAGGCAUUCAUUCAGAGUGCCCAGUAAUUCAGAUGUGGGAGUGGCCGGCUGUGACACGUCGGACCUACUGCUGCCCGUCUCACUCUCUGCGAACACACAAACAGAUUCUCUGGACGGAAGUGCAGUUUCGUUCUGUCCCGCAGAGCGAGACACAGCUCAGAUCAAGGAUCAGGACGACGACUGUGAGUGGACCUUCACUCUGCGGCCACACACUGAAGGCGUGGACGCUGACUCGGUCCCUCCUCCGGUCCCUCCUCCGGUCCCUUCUCCGGUCCAGACCCUCACUCUGGAUCCGGGGCAGCAGUCAGCCGACUCGCUGUCCCCUGACGUUUCCACCCAGGCCGAUAGCUCCACUCUGCCCUCCUCUGCUCCACAGGUGCAGGUGAAGCUGGAGGUCCAGGAGGAGGAGGAGCAGGAGGAAGAGGAGGUGAUCUGUAUCAAGGAGGAACCAGAGGAAGUGCAGGAGGUGAUGGCCGGCCUUCUGCUGGACUGCCAGAUGCAGCAGGAUCAUCUUCCAGAGUCGGAGGCCCAAAGGUCAAUGACAGAGGGUUUAGCACUUCCAGUAAGCCAGAGAAAUCACACUGCAGCCUUCAGCUCAGCCGGACCAAGCAACUAUCUGAUGCCUCAGCCGGUGGCCUCCCUGCAUUCGAUGGUGUCUUUGUCGUCCGGCAUCCCGCCUCGCCAGGCUGUGCGGACCUGGAAUAAAGAUCUCAGUCUAUACGAAGAAUACAAGCUGCGAAGGAAUGAGCUCCGCAGACGGAGCAUCAACAGACGCAGAGAGCUGGAGAAGACGCUGCCUCAGCCGCUGCUGGCUGAUCUGGUGCGAGAGCGUCGAGAGAAGACCAGGCUGAGGGUGGCCCGGUGGAGGGCAAAAAGGAAACUCCAGGCCUGUAUUGACCAGGAUCAUGCUCUAGGUGGCGCUGCAGGACUUUCUCAAUCUGGCUUUCCUAUCAGCAGUCAGAAUCAGCAGUUCAGAGUGACUUGUGCUGCCACCUCCAGCAGUCAGCAGAGACAGAGCUCAGCGCUGCCUCAGUCCAACAGCUUCCUCAACAACAUGCCUGCAGCAAACAGCCUCUCUGCCACUCUACCCUUCAUACCCUCCACCUCCUCCUCCUCUCUGCUUAUACGAGGCCACAACUUCGCCCCACAUCAGCACACUGUGACAUCAUCAUCAUCAUCAUCAUCAUCAUCAUCAUCCUCAUCAUCAUCCUCUUCUUACCCACAGGUCAGCCUAUUGCAGCACAGUAUCACUCUGACCGACAACGAUAUCUUGCAGUGAGAUGUUUAACAUCAUUUUUAAGAAUGUGUUUGUCAAAUAUGCCAAUGUUGUUGUUCAGGAAAGGUAAAAAAAAAAACACAAUCAUUGACACUUUUAGUCAGAUUUGCAGGGCAGUUCCUAAUAGCUUGAAGCUUCAUUCAUUAUGUCAUCAAUCAAAUUCUAAAUCAACAUUUGGAUGCUGCGCAUCGUUUUUUAUUCUGUCUAUUCCUGUAUUUCUGCACAGUUGCAGAAAAAUAUUAAGCUCCACCAUUAUGAGUAGUAUUAUACUUUUUGUAGAAUUAUAUUCUAGUGGGGGCUUGAAAAGUGAAAAUUUGUGUUAAUUUCCAAAAUUAACAACAUGUUUUUAUUCAACAAAAGAGUCUGCUUAAUUUUUUUAAAUUUAAGUGGCACUGACUUUACAUUCAUUUAAGAAAAUUAAUUUAAGAAAAAAAUGAAAGGUUGAUUAUGAUAUUAAAUAUGACGACGGACCUUCAAAGCUUAAUUUGAAACAUCAAUAGAAGCUUCAAAUAUAUAAAAAAAAAGAAAAUUAAGUUCUUUAAUGCCCUACUGAUUUGCUUGUCUUACACUGAACUUCAGCAGCAGAACAUGCACGCUAAAAUUUCAUUCACUUCUUUACUGAGCAUGGAUGGCAAUGUCUUAAUUCACGGUGAAUUUUCAUCAGGUAAAACUAACAGGCACUUUAUCUCUACCCAUAUGUACGGACAAAAAAAUGACAGCACCUGAUAUGGAUCACCUACUCUCAUUUCACAUCAGUUACACAUAUAGUGUACUCUGCGUAGGUUUAAGUGUGCGGAUAUCUAUUCUACCAGUUUGAGCUUUUUUAAGACUUCCAGCACCUUAUCUAAGAUAAAGCCGGGCGAAACGGUGGUUUUCCUGCCUGCACACAUCAGUUACACAUAACAUCCACUGUAAGGAGAACAACUGUAAACUCAUGCAUUCAAACACAAACAUUACAACAUUGAGAAUAAACCAAUUUUUCUAUACACAGAAAACAUGUAAAUGAAUUGAAUGUGUACAUAUGUAGAAACCUUCAAAAGGAUAUUUUAUCCCUGUACAUGAUCUCUGCUGAUGUAUUUUAAAGUGAAAUCCUUGUUUGAUUGGCUAGAAAUGCAUUGCAACAGGGACAAUUUAUCAUUAUUUUUCUAAGUGUGCAUGUUACUGUCUUUUAAUUAUUGGAAAGAAUGAGCUGUCCAAUUGUAACAGUGGUUUACCAGAAACAUGUCAAGGCUGCAGACGAGAACAAUUAUACAAUGUUUGUAGUUGGGCAAGAAUGAACUGAAGAUUGAUAAUCACCAGAUACAAAUGAGAAGCCUGGUAACCUGUUAAGCUAUAAUAAA